AUUGUACUUAUUACUGUUACACAGCAAGAUGUAAGCCAUAACAAAACGCAAACUCGCCGCGUAUAAAAGAGAGUGGCUUUCUCCACCUAGGAAGUACUAGCCUGCAACCAGGACAGGAACGGUGAAGGUUGCUGGCUGCGUCCAGAGAGCAGUUCACCGACAUGGGGAAGAGCAGCGUAUGGCUUGGCGUGGUGAUGGUGGUGGUAGUGACUGGGGUGGCUGCCCGAGCAGCUACAAUCCCAGGCUGGAGACGCUCUGAGGCUGUGGACCUCAACCAUAGAUCCGUGAUACCCUGCAUAGAGUCAGAUGAUCCGGAGCCUUGGUGCGACCCUGUGCUGGGCUGCCUGUAUCUCACAGAUGAUUGGUUCCACUCCAAUCGUCCCUUCAAUGUGAUGCCUAACUCAAGGGAGCAUAUCAACACACGCUUCAUGCUGCACACACGGGAGAAACCUGCAAUCCAUGAGGAUGUGUUCAUUACCGCGAAUCGGAGCAGCGUGGACAACACCACCUUUGACCCAAACAAGCCUGUCAAGUUCAUCAUCCACGGCUUCAUAGACACGGGCUUCUUGGGAUGGCUCAGAGAGAUGGCGGAAGCCCUGUUGGCCUAUGGGGAUUACAACGUGGUGCGCGUGGACUGGGGGGGUGGUUCGCUGCCCAUGUAUUGCACCGCCACUGCCAACACCCGUGUGGUGGGCCUGGAGAUCGCCCACUUAGUUAACUUUCUUAUUGAUGAUUAUCAGCUGAACCCCGCUUCCGUGCACUUGAUCGGCCACUCCCUGGGCGCCCACACUUCAGGGUACGCGGGGGAGAAGAUCCAAGGUCUGGGGAGGAUAACUGGCAUGGAUCCUGCGGGACCUUACUUCACGGGCACUCCUGAGUUCAUCCGUCUUGAUCCAAGUGACGCAAUCUUUGUCGAUGCCAUCCACACAGACUCAGACCCAAUCUACACGCUGGGCUACGGCACCGACCAGCCGAUGGGGAACGUGGACUUUUACCCCAAUGCCGGCCACGACCAACCUGGCUGCGACCCCGUCAGCAUUGGCAUCGACGUGAUUCAGGAUAUUGGCGAAGGCAUCAGAGAGCUGGCAGCGUGCAGUCACGGACGUUCCUACAAACUGUUCACGGACGUCCUGCAGCAGCCUUGCCCGUAUCUUGCCCACGAGUGUGUCGACUAUGAGUCCUUCGAAAUGGGCCGCUGUGCUUCUUGCGGGGAGGACAACUCAAAGUGCGCCUACAUGGGCAUGAGGGCGGUGGAGUACAGCAGCCCACAGCGGGAGAGUGUCCGGCUGUACCUUGACACGGAUGCCAAGUCCCCCUACUGCUAUUACCACUACCAGGUGAUCGUGGACACAUCGCACCCCAAGGAGGCAGAGGUGUUCGUGCAGGGCCAUCUGGAUGUCACACUGUACGGGGACAACGGGGAACUACUUGAGAAUUUGAGACUGACCAAGAAGCACGAGAGGUUCGAGCACGGCCAGCUCAAGUACUUCAUGUUCAAGAGCCACAUCGAUCUGUCCCGCGUGAUUCGUUUGGUGGCCAAAUGGCGGUACGAUGACAGCCUCACCAACCCGGGUUCUUACUGCUGGGCUCUCCUCUGUAACCGCUCCCUGUACGUGCGCUCCAUCCAGGUGGCGCCCAUGGAUUACUACCCAGAGCAGAACAGGCUGAACCACAAGCACGUGCUGUGUCAAGCUGGCAGGGAGUACAUCAAGAUCAAGUCGGGAACAUCGGAAAGCCUGGAUUACGACGAAUCUUGUGUCUUUUCCAUCCAGUGAGCUGAUAAACCGUCUUCUGCUUGAUUCAUGGAUGAGAUGACUCUGAAAUUGUUGAUCGUAUGUUGAAAGCUGAGAAAAACAAGGUGGUAUGUUUAAAAUUCUCAAGCAUCAGGAGUACUUUCUUGCAUGGAAAUUUUUACAAUAAAAACCUGAGUCACUCAGUUUUGUGGGACAACUUA